AUGUCAUCAGGCCUCAUGCGAAUAUAUGCUCCUGACUCGCCAAUCUCAGCACCAUGUCUACAGAACAACGGUGCAGAUGAUGCAAAUGACUGUGUGAGGUUGCUGGAGUUACUCGAAUCAACAGCACAGAAGCCAAUUGCAUAUUUUGAUGAGAACGUGGAGGUAUUUAUAGUGGUACCUUUGGGAAAAAAUGUGCAGGGCGUGCUGAGUGUUGAUGUUGUAUACGAAAUGGACAAAAGUGGAUCACAAGGCAACAAGCGCCAAAGACAGAGCUCUACUCAUAUACUAGAGAAAGCUGAGUACUCGGAUAACGGAUGCCAAAUUUGGAAGUUUAAGUUCAGUGUCGUCCCUGGACGAAAUUUGACUAACAUUGAACUGAUUGCUGUAUACGAAAGAGAAAUCUUACGAAACAACGACUUAUUAAAACCAUUUGAGGAAGUGAACCUGAUACAAAUAGCAGGAGUUGAUCUCUUAAACGACAAUUGCAUAGCCACACCGGAUAUAGAUGCAGGGGACGAUAUAAAGACAUUAGACAGUACCACUACAUAUAACAGUGAAAGAAACAGUAAUACUCUUAGAGCUUCAAUUAGCAUAAACAUUGCGUCAUUGUAUAAGAUGGCGUUGAAAUCUUACAAAACAGAGAAAACAUUAGCGUGGCUUGACUUAAGCUCAUCAAAGACAGUUGAUGACAUGAUGACCUCCUUACAAAUAAAUUCAAUUGGUGUGGAUUGCAUAAAUUGUGAUAUCAUUUCCUGCACUCCAAUGAAGUAUCCCAUUGAAUUAACCAAGAACUCAGUUCUUACGAUUGCUUACCACGUUUCGCAUGAUGAUGAAACUUCUAUCAAACCUCUUUCGGUUGUCAUCAACGCAAUAGUGGACGGCCACAAACAUAUAACAACAAAAUGGACGUCCAAUCUAGACUUAUCCAAUCAUAGUUUACCAUCGAAUCACAGCAACCCUAACUUGGGAACAUUGAACAAUGGAAGUAAAAGAUUUCAGCAGCAGUCUUUGUUACCACCAGUUAAAUUGGCAAAACUCAGAUCUUACAGUAACCUGGUAAGCAAUCCAAGCAUGCCCAAAUUGCAGCCUCUCCGCUCAGCGUCUGUAAACUCAGUCACUACGGGAAGUAUUUCGACUCCUCCACUUCGUGGCACCAGCACAGUCAGUGGGAACAGUGGGCUAGGUGGGAAACGUUACUCCAGUAUGCGACUAAAGUCGGGCUCCAAUUUAUCUUUGAGCCAACUAUGGUCGGGAAACUCUUCUCAAAGUUUCCAAAGGGGAUUGGUUAUUACAGUCAGCGGGCCAACGAGAGUGAAACUCGGGGAGAAAUUCAGAUGGAAAAUUCAGUUAUUAAACAAGUCCUCAGAAAAAAUGGAUUUGAUCUUGUAUGUUCAGAACUCGAUCAAAAAAGAGUACGAAAAAACUGUACCUCCAAUACCAAUACAGUCCUCAAAUAAGCAGGAUAUUGUACCUCUUUUCACAAAUAACCAGUUAGUUCGCAGUUUUUAUUACAAGUUUAAUAGAGCAGGACUGGUAAGUUUAACAAACAAUUUACGUGUAAGUUUAGAGUAUGGCAAUCUUUAUGAAUGUGAACUUGAGCUGAUUAGUGUCGAAAGAGGAAUGUUUAACAUUUACGAUUUUAAAGUCCUAGAUAUUGCUAGUGGCGAUAUCUUUGAAUGCAACAGACUACUAGACGUUAUGGUAGUAUGA